UCCCACUCUUUUUUCUUCUUCAAUGAUCCUUCCAAGUUUAACUAAAAUGAUGAAAGCCUGGCGUGUAAUCGAUGAGCUGGCCUCCGAUCGUCGCUGGGCAACUCUCCCUUCGCGGGCUUCAGUGGUUGCUCAGCGGCUCGGAUGGUUUGCAUGAUAUCGGCGUUCGGCACACCCUAUCUUGUUACUCCGACGGACGCGAUGGCAUCUCUGAUAUGAUUUACUUGGAAGGUAUUGGGUGGAUCUGGGAACGGUUUGCUGGAGGAGAGUUAGUGAUGCGAAGGGGAUAUUUCCCGGUUUGCUUCCAGCGUGUACAUAGACGGAAUAGAUAUUUCGUGUCAACUGAACAACCAAGCGCCAUGAUAUUCAGGCCGUAUAUCCAUUCAAUGGGCCGUUUCCGUCUUAAAUGUUCUCGUAUGCCUUGUUCCAAUUGUCUCCAGCACUAGCUGCGUUCUGGACUUGUACAUGAAUUGCACUGUCCCGGAAAUGAUUCCAACCUGGUGGACUGAUAGGCUACGUAACAAACAAAAGGCCCUGAAAGCCAAAGGGUCAUUUCAUCUGGACCAUCUU